UUUUGUAAAUUUUUUCCGCACAAUCUCAAACCCUAGUUUGUACUUUUCUUCGUCUCCCUCCCGCGGUCUGCGCAGGCUCACCUCCUAAGAUUCAGUUUCUCUUUCGGUUUUUCUUUGAAUAACUUGUAGAUGAAAACUUGGAAGCGGGAAGUGGAUUUGUGGUGAAAAGCUUUAGAUUGUUUGCCAGAAUCCAAUAGCAUUGUUCUUGCCUCAUCACCUGCCAGAAAGCUCCAUGGCAGUUGUUAAACCAGAGAUGAAGUCAUAUAUUUGGCUCCAAACUACCGAUGGUUCAAUUCAACAAGUAGAGGAAGAGGUUGCAAUGUUUUGCCCUAUGAUUUGUAGAGAAGUUAUUCAGUCUGGCAUGGGUUCCUCCAAGAAUUAUGCAAUCACACUCCCUCAACGAGUAAAUCCUGCUAUAUUGGGCUUAAUACUUGAUUAUUGCCGAUUCCAUCAAUUACCCGGUCGUUCAAAUAAGGAGCGCAAGACUUAUGAUGAAAAGUUCAUCCGCUUGGAUACAAACAAGUUAUGUGAGUUAGCAUCUGCUGCUGAUAGUCUCCAGCUAAGGCCAUUGGUGGACCUUACCUGUCGUGCACUUGCUCGGAUGAUUGAAGGAAAAAGUCCAGAGGAAAUACGUGAAACCUUUCAUUUACCCGAUGACCUCACAGAGGAAGAAAAGCUGGAGCCCUUAAGAAACAUGACCGAUGAUCCACGAAUCCGAUUACUUAAUCGACUUUAUGCACGAAAAAGGAAAGAAUUAAAAGAAAGAAAGAAAUUAAAGAAUCUUGAGGUGGAAGAAGAGCAGUGUUUUGAUGAGCGCUCCGUCGACGAUCUUUUGUCAUUCAUAAAUGGUGGAGAUGGAGACUCAAAAGGAGUACGAUCGAAUAAAAAUAAGAAGAAAAACCGGCGAAGGAAAGAACAUUCUAAAAGCUCUUCAAAUAGUGAGAGUGGGAGCAAGAAUAAGGGGCAUAAUUGUCUUCCCUCCAGCCAGACAGCGGGUGCCAUUAAUGAUGUGCCCUCUCCAAGUAGAACUUCUAAGCAGCAAAGUUCUGCAUCUGUUUUGCUUUCAUGUAACGUUGACUUCGAUGAUGACGAUGAUGAUGGUGAUAUUGAUGAUGAGUUAGACCCGGCAAUGAAGGAAGAACUUGACAGGGAGGUGGAGGAUUUUGCGCGGAGGCUAAACUCUGUGUGGCCAGAUAGGAUGCAGGAGCUUCUAUCUUUGGGGGGUCAAGAGAGGAGGCUUGUGGUACCCAUAUCUAUGAACGGUAAUGGUUCUUUAAGGAGAUGUACAGAUUAACUGCCGAUGUCCUUCCUUUUCCCCAUCCAACAACAGCUCUCAAGAUUAAUUUAUUUGUUUUCCAAGUCCCACAAGUCAAUUAUGCUGAAAACGAUGUGCUGGUGGAAAAUUCCGAAUCAUCUUCUAAGCUUGUUGGCGCGGGUGGGAGAAUGAUCAUAUAAGGUGGCAGGUACUGAUUUUAAAAGACAGCAUAAAAGGGCAGGAUUGUAAAAUGUAACUGGUGUUGUAUUGUUUUCACAGUUACUGCGCACAUAGAAGUGUCAUCUGGCGAUUAGCUGAACUUUUAUGGUUUAGCUCUCAAAGUCAGAAGUUUCCCCCCUACUGUAUAAGAAAAUCAAAUGAAAAGGAAAUUAUUCAGUUCUGCGAUUUAUGGCAAAGCAUUUUGAUUUCUUCUUGCAUUUUCUUUAUAAACUUAUGACCUGCUUAGUGAGAAACAUUGUAUGCUUAUAUAGUUCUAUGAGCUCAUGUUAUAUUCAGAAAUGUUGUACUACAAUUUAUCGUACUAGGAUAGGAAAUGUCAA